AUGGGAUCCCUUUUUGAACAACCAAGAAAUGCCGGGACUCUGUUCCUCGGCGGCCAGAAGAUCAGCGGUUCAGAUAUUCGUGACCAGAACAUUCAAGCGACGCAGGCUAUUGCAAAUGUCGUCAAGAGUUCCUUCGGCCCCAGCGGCUUGGAUAAGAUGAUGGUGGACGAUAUAGGAGAUGUGACGGUCACGAACGAUGGCGCGACUAUUCUCAGCUUAUUAGACGUCGAGCAUCCAGCAGGCAAGAUUCUUGUCGACCUAGCACAGCAGCAGGAUAAGGAGGUUGGUGAUGGCACAACAUCAGUGGUCAUUAUUGCUGCCGAGCUUCUGAGACGGGCGAACGAGCUUAUGAAAAACCGAAUACACCCAACCACCAUCAUUACUGGCUACCGUCUAGCCCUCCGCGAAGCUGUCAAAUAUAUGCACGAAAAUAUUAGCAUCAAGGUGGAUCAGCUAGGCCGCGAAUCCCUCAUUAAUAUUGCUAAGACCUCCAUGUCGAGCAAAAUUAUCGGCUCAGACUCCGAAUUCUUCUCGAAUAUGGUUGUCGAUGCCAUGCUAGCAGUCAAAUCAACAAAUACCAAGGGGGAGAUUAAAUAUCCUGUCAAGGCUGUCAACAUUCUCAAGGCUCACGGCAAGGGAGCUCUCGAGUCCAUUCUAGUCAAGGGUUAUGCGCUGAACUGCACGGUUGCUUCUCAAGCCAUGAAGACGAGAAUCACCGAUGCCAAGAUCGCCGUUCUGGAUAUGAAUCUGCAGAAAGAGAGAAUGAAGCUUGGUGUCCAUAUCACGGUCGAUGACCCUCAACAACUAGAGCAGAUUCGACAGCGAGAGGCUGGCAUUGUGAUGGAAAGAGUUGACCUGAUCCUGAAGGCUGGAGCAAAUGUUGUUCUUACCACGAAGGGCAUCGAUGAUAUGGUCCUCAAGCUCUUUAUUGAAAGGGGAGCCAUGGCGGUUAGAAGAUGUAAAAAGGAGGAUCUCCGGCGGAUAGCAAAGGCCACCGGUGCUACUCUCAUCAGUUCUCUGUCAGAUCUGAAUGGCGAUGAGAAGUUUGAUGCUUCGUCAUUGGGAUAUGCCGAUGAGGUUGCUCAAGAACGGAUCUCCGACGAUGAGUGCAUUCUGGUUAGAGGCACCAAGGUCCACACUUCCGCAUCUAUCAUCCUCCGAGGGUCCAACGACUACCAGCUGGACGAGAUGGAGCGAUCCGUCCAUGACUCUCUAUGUGCAGUUAAGCGGACCCUCGAAAGUGGCAGCGUUGUCCCCGGCGGCGGUGCUGUGGAGACCGCACUGCACAUCUACCUCGAGGAAUUCGCUGGCACCGUUGGUUCCCGAGAACAACUAGCCAUCGGCGAAUUCGCCCAAGCACUCCUCGUCAUCCCAAAAACUCUCGCUGUCAACGCCGCCAAAGAUUCAUCUGAGCUCGUAGCGCAACUCCGUUCCCGCCAUGCCCUCUCUCAACGCAUCCAGGAAGGCGACGCCAAUGAGGAUGAGAAGACUGUUGCCAAGAAGAAGAACUACAAGAACUACGGUCUGGACCUCACGAAAGGGAAGGUGGUGGACGAGAUCAAGGCCGGUGUAUUGGAGCCCAGUAUGAGCAAGAUCCGGCAGCUCAAGUCGGCGGUUGAAGCCUGCAUCUCGAUCAUGAGAAUCGAUACACUUAUUAAAUUAGAUCCUGAACAAAGGGGAGAAGAUGAUGGGCAUGGUCACUGA